AUAGCCGAAUAUCUCCGAUUAUGGGUAUGCCAGAUUCGAGGGCUUCCGAAGAGAUUCGAUUCAAAGCCCCGGCAAGCCGAAAACAAACGAGCCUGCAAGACAGAUGGGAGGGGCCAGCCGCUAGGUAGAUGGAAAAAGCCGAUUGGUACCGAUGUGGGGACGGAAACGACCGAACAGCUCCGGAGAAACCCGGGGAAUUCUGAGCGGUAAUAGAGGGGUAGACUAUGGCAGUGGGCGGGGCCAAUCCGGUCCGUUCGAAGGGCGUUGGCGGAAAUUACCGAAGAUGCCCGAAGCCGUCGGGACGGACCCGAGUACCUCACGCAAGAUGGCGGAGCUGGAGGAGGUGACUCUGGACGGGAAGCCUCUUCAGGCUCUGCGGGUGACCGACCUGAAGGCCGCACUGGAGCAGCGAGGCCUAGCCAAGAGCGGGCAGAAGAGUGCACUGGUCAAGCGGCUCAAAGGGGCUCUAAUGCUAGAAAAUUUACAAAAACACUCAACACCCCAUGCUGCAUUCCAGCCAAAUUCACAGAUCGGGGAGGAGAUGAGCCAGAACAGCUUCAUAAAGCAGUAUCUGGAGAAGCAGCAGGAGCUACUUAGGCAGCGCCUGGAACGGGAAGCUCGGGAGGCUGCGGAACUUGAAGAGGCCUCAGCUGAGUCGGAGGACGAGAUGACCCAUCCUGAGGGAGUGGCUUCCCUGCUGCCUCCUGACUUUCAGAGCAGCCUGAACAGACCAGAGCUGGAGCUCAGCACACAUUCGCCCCGAAAGAGCUCCUCUUUUUCUGAAGAAAAAGGAGAAUCUGAUGAUGAGAAGCCGAGGAAAGGAGAAAGACGAUCAUCCAGAGUUAGACAGGCAAAAUCUAAACUCCCUGAGUACAGUCAGGCUGCUGAGGAGGAAGAGGAUCAAGAGACACCAUCUAGAAACCUGAGGGUCAGAGCAGAUCGAAAUUUAAAAAUAGAGGAGGAGGAAGAAGAAGAGGAGGAAGAAGAAGAUGAUGAUGAAGAGGAAGAGGAGGUAGAUGAGGCACAGAAAUCUGGAGAUGCUGAGGCACCAACCCUGAAGCAGUUUGAGGAUGAAGAAGGGGAAGAGAGGACCAGACCAAAACCAGAAAAGGUGGUGGAUGAGAAACCCCCAGUCAUAAGAUCCCAGGAAAAGGAUGAGUUAGAGAAAGGAGGGCGAGUUACUAGAUCCCAAGAAGAAGCUAGAAGAAGUCAUCUGGCCAGACAGCAACAAGAGAAAGAGACACAAAUUGUUUCUCUCCCUCAAGAAGAAAAUGAGGUAAAGUCUUCACAAGGUUUGGAGGAAAAAUCCCAGUCUCCUUCCCCACCUCCACUUCCUGAAGACCUAGAGAAGGCCCCUGUUGUGCUGCAGCCAGAACAGAUAGUCAGUGAAGAGGAAACACCCCCACCUUUACUUACCAAGGAAGCGUCAUCUCCACCAACUCAUAUACAACUCCAGGAAGAGAUGGAGCCAGUGGAAGGCCCAGCACCCCCUGUCCUCAUUCAGUUAUCUCCUCCUAACACAGAUGCUGGAGCCAGGGAGCCACUAGCGUCUCCUCAUACGGUGCAGCUGGUAAGAAGCCUGUCUCCUUUGUCAGGUACUACAGACACCAAAGCAGAGUCUCCAGCAGGGAGAGUGUCAGACGAGAGUGUCCUGCCUCUGGCUCAGAAAAGCUUACUGCCUGAAUACUCCGCCCAGAAGGGUGUUGACAGUGAGCAUGACAAGUCUGCUCCCCUCCCUCUAACAGUAGAGGAGUCAGCACCCGCCAAAGGCAUCACUGAGGAACCUAUGAAGAAACAGUCUUUGGAACAGAAGGAGGGCAGAAGAGCUUCCCACGCUCUCUUCCCAGAGCACAGUGUGAAGCAGUCAGCCGACUCAUCCUCUAGCAGGUCCUCCUCCCCUUCAUCCUCCAGCUCUCCAUCCAGAUCUCCAUCUCCUGACAGUGCGGCUUCCCACCCACAGUCGUCUCCAGGAUCUAAGCAGAGAGAUGGAGCCCAAGCACGAGUUCAUGCCAACCCUCACGAGAGGCCCAAGAUGGGCUCCAGGUCAACUUCAGAGUCCAGGUCACGUUCCCGAUCUCGUUCCCGUUCCGCGUCAAGCAGCAGCAGAAAAUCUCUGAGCCCUGGAGUCUCCAGAGAUAGCAACACCAGCUACACUGAAACCAAAGAUCCCUCUUGUGGUCAGGAGGCUGCAGCUCCGUCUGGGCCACAGCUGCAGGUCCUUGAACCAAAGGAGAAGGCUCCCACGUUCUCAGCGUCUGUCCGGGGGAGGCAUCUGAGCCAUCCUGAGCCAGAGCAACAGCAUGUGAUCCAGAGGUUGCAGCUGGAGCAGGGGAGCCCAAAGAAGUGUGAAGCUGAAGAGGCAGAGCCACCAGCUGCCACACAGCCUCAAACCUCAGAGACUCAGAUAUCUCAUCUGCCAGAAUCAGAAAGGACUCAUCACACUGUUGAAGAGAAGGAGGAAGUGACCAUGGACACCAGUGAAAACAGACCUGGAAAUGAGGUGCCUGAGCCGCCUCUGCCUGUUGCAGACCAAGUUAGCAAUGAUGAGCGCCCAGAAGGCGGUGCUGAAGAAGAGGAAAAGAAAGAGAGUUCGAUGCCCAAGUCUUUCAAGAGGAAAAUCUCCGUUGUCUCAGCUACCAAGGGGGUGCAAGCUGGAAACAGUGACACAGAGGGGGGCCAGCCUGGUCGAAAACGUCGUUGGGGAGCCAGCACUGCUACGACACAGAAGAAACCGUCUAUCAGUAUCACCACUGAGUCACUCAAGAGCCUCAUCCCCGACAUCAAACCCCUGGCGGGGCAGGAGGCUGUUGUGGAUCUUCAUGCUGAUGACUCCCGAAUCUCUGAGGAUGAGACAGAGCGUAAUGGCGACGAUGGGACCCAUGACAAGGCACUGAAGAUAUGCCGGACAGUCACUCAGGUAGUACCCGCAGAGGGCCAGGAGAAUGGGCAGAGGGAAGAGGAAGAAGAGAAAGAGCCUGAAGCCGAGCCGCCGGCGCCACCCCAGGUGUCAGUGGAGGUUGCCUUGCCCCCGCCUGUGGAGCACGAAGUGAAGAAAGUAACACUAGGAGAUACCUUAACCCGGAGGUCCAUCAGCCAACAGAAGUCUGGGGUUUCCAUUACAAUUGAUGACCCGGUCCGGACCGCCCAGGUGCCCUCCCCACCCAGGGGCAAGAUCAGUAACAUUGUCCACAUCUCCAACCUGGUUCGUCCCUUCACUUUAGGCCAGCUGAAGGAGUUAUUGGGGCGUACAGGAACUUUGGUGGAAGAGGCCUUCUGGAUAGACAAGAUCAAAUCUCAUUGCUUUGUGACGUACUCUACAGUAGAGGAAGCCGUUGCCACCCGCACAGCUCUGCACGGGGUCAAGUGGCCCCAGUCCAACCCCAAAUUCCUUUGUGCUGACUAUGCUGAGCAAGAUGAGCUGGACUAUCACCGGGGACUCUUGGUAGAUCGGCCAUCUGAAACUAAGGCAGAGGAACAGGGAGCACCAAGGCCCCUGCAUCCCCCACCCCCACCCCCAGUCCAGCCACCGCCCCACCCCCGGGCUGAGCAGCGGGAGCAGGAAAGGGCUGUCCGAGAGCAGUGGGCAGAACGGGAACGGGAAAUGGAGCGCCGGGAAAGGACUCGGUCUGAGCGAGAAUGGGAUCGGGACAAAGUUCGAGAGGGACCCCGAUCCCGAUCACGGUCCCGUGACCGCCGCCGGAAAGAGCGAGCAAAAUCUAAAGAAAAGAAGAGUGAAAAGAAAGAGAAAGCCCAGGAGGAGCCACCUGCCAAGCUGCUGGAUGACCUCUUCCGUAAGACCAAGGCAGCUCCCUGCAUCUAUUGGCUCCCUCUGACUGAGAGCCAAAUUGUUCAGAAGGAGGCAGAGCAAGCUGAACGGGCCAAGGAGCGGGAGAAGCGGCGAAAGGAACGAGAAGAAGAAGAACAAAAGGAACGGGAGAAGGAAGCUGAGCGAGAAAGGAACCGGCAGCUCGAACGGGAGAAGAGGAGGGAGCACAGCAGGGAGAGAGAGAGGGACAGGGAGAGAGAGCGGGACAGGGGUGACCGAGAGCGGGAGAGGGAGCGAGACCGAGACCGAGGCAGGGAGAGGGAUCGCAGAGACACCAAGCGCCACAGCAGAAGCCGGAGUCGAAGCACACCUGUACGGGACCGGGGUGGGCGCCGCUAGCCAAGAAAACACUAGAGAGCUGCAGGUACCUGCCACUUGGCCCUGGGAGGUCAAAGGCCACAGAGGGAUAGGUACAGUCACCACCACCCUGGAACCAAGGGUCUCACACCAUUGCUCAGUGCUGAACUAUAACUGCCACACAUCCCCUCAUAUCAAAUGGAGCAGUGGCAAUCUCCCUGUUCCCCAACCUAACUCUUGGAACUUGGCCCUCUCCUUUCUUCCUGUUAAGUCUGAGAGGGAAGAGCUAGGCUAUGAAGGGAAGAUGUGGCCGUACAUGGGAAUAACCAGUGUCCCACGCUCAUUUUCCCUCCAUCCUGCGUUCCACCUCCCUUGGUACUCACAGCCUUUUGGGAACAGCUGGGGCCAGGACUAGGUCACCUAUGAGCUGAAUCAGCCUCUCCUGAGUCCCAGGCCCCUGCAGUUCCCUGGUUCUCUGGCCUGCAGCCUCUUGCCCUCUGGUUCCACUUUAUAUCCACCUUUUCCUUUUGUUCAAUUUUUAUUUUUAUUUUUUUUAUUAUUAAAUGAUGUGGUCUAUGGAAAAAAAAUAAAAAUCUGACUUAGUUUUGACUAGCA